CCGCGCCAGCCGUUGUCAGUGAAGUCGCAGCCGCAUUAGAGAGCGGUCGAGCCGUUGCUAAUUGAAGCUGUGAUAUUCGUGAGAGCUUUUUUUAUUCUUUUUUACAAAAAAAGAACAACACGGACGGACGCCAGUUUAAUUCCUUUAUGUGUAUUUUGCCCUUCUGCUGUAGUCUGACGCCCUUAGUGAUGUACCCCAGUGUUUGUAUUGAGAAAGAAUUAUUAGUAUUUUGUGGAUGGAGCACGUGAGAUCAGAGGAAAUAUAACUAUACAAACCUAGACCUAUUAUUGUUUACAGUGGAGCAUUUAUAGGCCUAUAGAUUUCUCGUUAUUUUACUUAUUAAUUUUUUCAAAAUAAGUAUUUUUCCACGGUUUGACACAACAAUGGCAAAAUUACUUAGAACUCCAAAGUAUUAAGUGCGGUACUUAAGUCCACGUAGGCCCAAGGCCCGUUUUAUAGGCUGAUGGUGUUGACAGCGAGAUUCCCGAUGGAAUUCAAGGAAUUCGAUUCCUGAGAAUCACUUGACGUCGUUUUCAUACUCAUUUCUCUCCUAUCUCUACACCGAAAGCGCUUUCAUUUGCUCUUACAAGUCGUUCAUUCUCGUGUAAACGAAACCCCAGCUAUCCAAGAUGCUCCUAAGGGGUUCCCUGAUCUGCGCCUGCGUCACCGUCUGCUUCACCUUCGGGAUUUCGGCAGAGUGGUCUUACGAGGGCGCCACCAUCACCUUAGCCCACCUGAACAUCUCCUACGUCGACCCCGUCACAGGGGUGCAUCUCACGGACGUCAGGGAGGUGGGGAAAUUCGGCAGCGGCGCCGUCGGUAGCGCUUCCGGGCUCGUCGUGGUGGGCCGUUCUAAAGACGCCACCCCCAGCGGAGCUUCCGGUUCCUCCUCCUCCGACAGGAGAGAUGGGUGCACGUUGCCGUGGGCGUCUCCUUCCCCCACGCUCCCCGCAUCUUCCGCGCCUUCGUCAGCGACGCCCACGGAACCGUGGGUGGCGCUGGUGUCCCGAGGCGACUGCCCCGACCGGGAUAAGGUGGGGAACGCCCUUGCACUCAACGCUUCCGGGGUGCUCAUCUACGCCAAGGAUGCUCAGGCGCACCUGCAGAAGAUCGCUCUCUCCUCUUUCUCAAGGCGCAUCUACAGCUCAGCCCUGCAGCGCCUCCAGAGAUACCCCGUUGACGUAGCCACCGACCAGAGACACCCAGAGAGCGCCCACAUGAUCGGAGGGGAGCGUACCGUGGUGGUGUUCCUAGCUCACGAACAGGGCGAGCAGCUGGCAAGGAUGGUGGAAAACGGGACUAAGGUUUACGUGUCCAUCACCAGAGGGCAGGACGUCAAGUACAGAGUUACCAACAUCAACAGGUUAGUGGGAGGCCUCAAACACAAGAAGAACGUGGCCCAGAGUUCCUUUGUUGCCCUCAACCCAAUCUGUGACAGGGGACAAGUCUUCGUUGACUGUGUCAUCGUGACGUCAGUGCUGUUCGUUUCGGUGUCCUUCAUCAUCCUGAUGAUGAUAUCCUUAGCCUGGCUCAUCUUCUAUUACAUCCAGAGGUUCCGGUAUAUUCACGCGAAGGAUAGACUGGCGCGCCAUCUGUGCAACGCGGCCAAAAAAGCUCUUUCGAAGAUCCCAGUCAGAAAUUUGAAAUCCGGAGACAAGGAGGUAACGGGUGACAAUGAGUGCUGCGCGAUUUGCAUCGAGCCCUACCAAGUCUCCGACACCAUCCGUAUUCUGCCGUGCAGGCAUCAGUUCCACAAGUACUGCGUCGAUCCAUGGCUGCUGGAACAUCGUACCUGCCCAAUGUGUAAAAUGGACAUCCUGAAGUUCUACGGAUACGUCUUUUCUGGUAGUACUGAGACAGUGUUACCAAUGGACGAAGUUGUCUUUGAAAUAACACUAAGCGACAGCGAGGAGAGCGUCCUGCAGCUAGAUGUGGCGGAGGAUACCUCUGGUGCAGACAUAGAGGCUCAAGAUCCUUUGCCGCCUCCUCCUUCCUCUGCAAAUGCUAGAGGUAGCAGCAUUUCGCAGGUUAUGGUUGUACCCAGACCUGAGCCUGCUGGCACUGACGCAUCUUGUGGCGACGGCUGGUCAGAAUCGCCCGUUCCAGACACCCCAAUCUCUCCGGUCCAUCAGCCAACAAGCACUGCUGUUUCUGCUUCUGUUCCAAGCAGUGCUGCUGCCUGUUCGGUGCUGCGUUCUGUGAUUGACUCAGCCAAAACACGAGUUAGUCACUCAGGAAGAGUGUCUCAUCAUUCUAGUCAAACUACUCCUCUUUCAUCAGCAAAAUCACAACAGUCAGCUUCUCGGGCCAUUAUGUCACCUCUCCCUGAGAUAGAUGUGUGUGUAGGGGAACAAUGUCCAGCCGAUACUUGCGUCCAGAUCCCAGAGAGGCACGACAACAUGGAAAUCUCGUCGGUUUGCUCCGAUGACUAUGGUGACUCCAGAAGUGUCGAGGAUGUGAUGGGCCUUUCCUUCUUGGCCUCUGCUGUUCAUGGUGAACACAGCAGCAGUGCCACCUGUAGAUCAGUUUUGAUACCGUGUGAGGACUCAGCAAUCACUCCCCUGCAGCCUCCUUCCGUCCCACCAAGUGCCGACACGAGGGUGUCAUCCGCAGAGUCAUCUUCUUCCUCCUCCUGCAAGGAAGAUGCCCUGCAGCAGCUGCAGCAGAGGUCAAGCAGCAGUGGCCGCUCGAGGUCCCUCUCCAGGAAGAGGUCGUCUAGAUUCAGGACGCGGUCGGCUUCAAAGAGGAGAUCGGCUUCGCACGCUAGGUCGUCGUCCUCCAGGGGGAGCAGGUCAGCCACAAGGCAGAACUCUUCAUCUCACUCUGGGGCAUCUGCCAGGAAUUCAAGAGGGUAUUCUCGUCCUUCCAGUCACGUCAUCAGUGUGUCACACGUUUAAUGUCAUGAUUAGAUAAGCAUUAAGGAGGAUAAGUGUUAAGAAGUACUCUCGUUGAUUGCAGGGAUCAUACUACUACCCCUAGAGGUGUCAUUGUCUGUGAUUGAAUUACUUGUGACAACUUAGGUUUAUAAGGAUCUUGUGUAACUCAGAGUUACUAUAGCCAUAAUUGUUAUUAAGGCGUAGUCUAUAUGACCACUGUGAGAUUUAUUGUUACGUGCAGUUCACAAUUGGAAAUUUUUAAGAAAACAAACUUACAAGUGAGCUAGUUACAGCAGCCUCCCUCCUGAGGUUGUUCAAAUCGACUCACUUUUUGUGAUUCAGACUUUAGAAUAAUCCAGAGACAAUGGGAAGGUAUGAAUUAUUGAAAACAAUCCAUUAAAAAAUCAUCAGGUAAUAUUGUGAUAUAUGUACUUUCUUUACUGAAGUGACUUAAUUAUUUCUUUUGUAGCUGCUAGUACAGUAUUUAAGAAGCUUUUUCAUUUGGAGCUAUGAAUACUAUAUUAGACCCUCCAAAAUACGUUUUGAUUUCAGGUGUGCGAAGCGAGUGCAUCUUACCGUAUGUUGUAAAUUGCUCAAUGAUACACUUCGUGAUGUAGAGUCAGUGUAGAAAGUGGUGUUAUUACCCCAAAGAGUAGCUUUAUUUCACGAAGAAGUGGUUUGGUGACUUUGUGUGAAGAGUAGGGCAAGAGGAAAG